AUGCCAGUGUCUUCCACUCCGUCCAAGAGAGUGGCUUUGGCGCCCAUUAACGUCAACGUCAACGUCAGCUCGCCGCUCCACAGACGGAAAUUCCCUGGAAAUUUCCCUUUGACGCCGUCACUGACUCCUAAGUUCACGUUGACAAGGUCCAGUAGCGUGGUAGUCCCUUCCACCACAUCGCUUGCCCUGGCGCCUCGCUCGGCGGAAAGUUUCUCCGACUACAAAAUCACAAACAGCCGCAAUGUCAAGGCCGACUUGGCCGCCACCAAGUUGAAACUUCGCUUGCAACUCGCGUUCUACAAGUUGAAGCUGAAACGCGACAACCUGGUGGCUGCUUGUCCUAACAUCCGCGUGGCAAAGGCCAAAGCGCCACGUCCACGGACAUUCCACGGUUCUGCCAACGUGAAUUUACAGAAACCUCGCCUGGGUCUGCGUCCGCUGUUGACGUCGGUGGCUCAAAAGCUUUCUCCAGCUUCUAAUGCCGGUUUCGGUGCUUCUACUGGUAGCUCGACCGCUUCCGCCAGCGGGAACUUGCGCCUUUACCACAUAAAACAACUGUCAUCGUUUCACAACGUGUAUCCGAACAGACUUCCUCUCGCAUCUGGUGCCCAGAGGCUUCCCCCAGUGCACAAGAUCUUGAAGACACCCAUUCGUACCACCACACGUACCUUGAUGUACAACAUGACUAACUCCAAUAGCGAUGAGACUAUAGACGAGACUGGGGAUGAGACGCAGCAGGAAAUCCGGCGCAAGGAUAUUCUUGGGUCGUCGCCUUUGAGAGGUAACAGCUUCGGUACACCCAACAGCUUCUCUGUGGCCAAGUCGUUGUUACAGCUUGGGCUGGGUUACUACUAG